AUGGAGAAUGACACCAUGGAAGUGACAGAAUUUAUCCUCCUGGGCCUCUCUCAGAAUCCUAAAGUACAAUCCAUCCUCUCCCUUGUUUUCCUCACUAUUUACUGCAUAACCUGGCUCGUAAACCUCAUUAUUAUAACCACAGUGAUCACCACACCCAGCCUCCACACUCCCAUGUACUUUCUGCUGGCUAAUCUCGCUGUCAUAGAUAUCAGUGAAUCGUCAGUCACCUCCCUGAAGACGCUGUGGGACCUCUUCUCCCAUACCCAUACCAUUUCUUACAACUGGUGCAUUGCUCAAAUCUUCUUCCUUCAUUUGACAGGGGGUGCAGUGUACUUCUUACUAGUGGUGAUGGCUAUUGAUAGGUACAUAGCUAUCUACAAGCCAUUGCGAUACUUGAUUAUCAUGAACCGAGGGGUUUGCAUAGGUUUGGUAGCAGGAGCUUGGUUGGGUGGCUUUGCUCACUCCAUUGUCCAGAUUGGGAUUCUCAUUCAGUUGCCCUUUUGUGGAUCCAAUGUUCUAGAUCAUUUCUACUGCGACAUCCCUCAGCUCAUCAAACUAGCAUGUACCAACACAUACAUCAUAGAACUCCUGAUGGUUUCCAACAGUGGACUGCUCCUCACACUAAUCUUCUUCGCCUUACUUUUAUCAUACACUGUCAUCUGGCUGAAAAUCAGGACACAUGUGACAGAAGGGAAGCACAAAGCUCUUUCUACCUGUUCUGCACAGAUCAUGGUCAUGAGCUUAAAUUUUGUUCCAGCAAUGUUUAUUUAUGACCGGCCUUUCAAGGUUUUUCCAGGAGACAAGAUCAUCUCAGUCCUCUACACUCUCAUAACACCAAUGCUGAACUCAAUUAUCUUCACUCUGCGCAAUACAGAAAUGAAAACCACUGUUAGGAAGCUAAUGAAAAAGUUUCUGCCUUCCAAAAGGUCAGAACCACUACAGAUACACCACUGA